AUGGCUGACAAUCGCGGUCGUGGUCAACUCCGUGGAGGCAGAGGCGAUCGGGGAGGCCGGGGUGGCAGCGGUCGAGGACGAGGAGAUGGCUACCAAGGUGGUAGAGGUGCCACGUUCUCCGGCUUUGACAACCGGGGUAGCCGAGGGGGCGGUGGGUUCCGAGGUGAUCGUGGUGGAGGUGGGUUUCGUGGUGAUCGUGGUGGAGGUGGGUUUCGUGGUGAUCGUGGUGGUCGUGGAGGUCGCGGUGGGUUCCGGGGAGAUAAGUUCGGGAGUGAACCCCCGGUCUUCAACCCUGGAGAUAUUCCUCCUCCCGAUGCUAAGAUCACCGAGCUGGAGAAUUCUAUCAUCAAGGCGAGUAGUUUGACGGGCCAGAUGGCAAAACUGCAAGUCUCUGGCAGGAAGAGUACCACAAUGUCAGAAUUCUUCCCUUUACGACCCGCCUUCGGCAAUAGAGGAACCGAAGUCAUUCUGUGGGCCAAUUACGUACAGCUUGGCAUCGAGUCGCAGGACUUGUUCAAGUACACAGUCAAAGCUACCAAGGUUUUCGACGACGACAAGGAGAAUGCCGAUUCAAAGGGAAAGGCUAUCAAGGACUCGAAGGACCCUAAGAAGGGCGACGAUUCAAAAUCAAGGCCCAAGGGGCUGGAACCCAAGGGUAGAAAGCUUCACCGAAUCAUCCAACUUGCACUCAAUCAAAUUAGCAACGCGAUUCCUGUUGUCUCCGAGUUCAAGAGCCAAGUGGUGUCGCUCAAGCCUCUCCAGCUCCCUGAGGAUAUGACCAUCACUGUACAGUACACAGACGAGGGUCGAGACUCGACAUACAACGUUGUAUUUAGCAAACCUAGUGUUGUCAAACUUGACGAGCUGAUCGGCUACCUGAACUCGAUGGAGGAUCCAACUGGCAACACGUCGUUCCCCAAGUUCGAGACUGUCGUUGAUGCGCUUGGAGUCAUUCUGGGACAUACACCUCGAGCAAACGCCCAAGUUGGCUCUCUUGGGUCAAGCCGGCACUUUCCGCUCAACCUGGGAGAGUCUAGCAACUUGGGCCCGUCUGCCUUCAAUUCCGUAAUCCGCGGGUAUUUCCAGAGUGUUCGACCCGCCACGGGUCGUUUCUUGCUCAACAUCAAUGUAUCUCAUGGAGUCUUCCGCUUCUCUGGUCCUGUCACCGAGCUUAUGAAAAAUUAUGACCUAAACGACGACGGACAGCUUAAGGAUCUUAGCCAGGCCUUGGGAAUGCUCCGCGCCCAUGUCACGACCUUGGCCGCCAAGAACCAACCUGAAUCGAAGCCUGGUGGUAAGAAGGGCAAAGCUGCUUCAAAGCCACCCGAUGUAUCGCGCGUUACUGAGAAGGUCCUCUGCGGUCUGGCCACAAGAUUUGAUGGACCUAAAGACUCCAGGCAAAAACCAUUGCGCAGUGGUGCUCGACCCCACGAAGCCACGUUCACUAUCAAUGCUCCAGCUCCUCCAGGUUUGCAAGCCGGCAAAGAAUACUCCGUCGCGGAUUAUUUCAAAACACGAUAUGGCCUAGAGGUCAAUCUGAGCCUUCCUGUCGUGAACACGGGCACCAAGCUGAAGCCCACUUACGUGCCUGCUGAGUUGGUUGAGAUCAUCCCAGGACAAGCAUUGCGACGCAAGACCAAUUCAGAAGAGACACGCCAGAUGAUUGAAUUUGCUUGUCGAUCACCUGCAGCCAAUGCACAGUCUAUUGUCAGCACUGGUCGUACGGUCCUUGGUCUCGAUGGGAACCCCACAUUGUGUCAAUUCGGCGUGACUGCUGGCAAAAGCCUUCUGACGGUGACCGGGCGUGAACUCACAGCACCUCAGAUCAUAUAUACGCACCUGAAAAAUCCUAAGCAGACUACCAAUGCUCCCGUCAGCGAGGGCUCUUGGAACAUGAAGGACGUCAGAGUCAUAAAGCCCGGCAGACCUAUAACAAACUGGACAUGGGUCCACAUCGACUAUGACAGGGGCAGCCGUCAGCUGCAAGAUGUGAAAGGUGCCAUCAGUGAAUUCGUCGUGAAGAUGCGACAGAUGGGGAUUAGCAUUCCGGUUGCUGGCCCUGAGAAUGGUCUUCCGGUUCUUGUCCGGCGAGGCUCUGCCUUUGCGCAAAUAGAGCAGGCAUUCGGAAGCAUCCCACCUAGCACUCAGUUCGUCUUCGCCGUGCUAGGUGACAAAGGCACCGAGAUCUACAAUGCCGUAAAGACCUUGGCAGAUACUAAAUUCGGGUUUCACACUGUUUGCAUGUUCCGCAACAGUCUUGUCAAACAAAACCCCCAGUAUUACGCCAACGUAGCGCUCAAGGUCAACCUCAAGGCUGGAGGAGUAAACCAUAAACUCAAGGACGACGUAACCAUCAUCAAGGAUGGGAGGACUAUGGUUGUGGGCUACGAUGUGACCCACCCCACAAACCUGUCGGGCAACGCUGAGAAUCUGCCCAGUCUUGUUGGUAUCGUGUCCAGCAUUGACAAAGAUCUAGCUCAGUGGCCGGCGACUGCCUGGGCCCAAGCUGGCCGGGUCGAGAUGCUGGAUGCAAAACUCGAGGAGAAGUUCAUGGAGCGUCUUCAGCUCUGGCAGAAACACAAUGGUGGACAUUUGCCAGACAACAUCAUCAUUUUCCGCGAUGGCGUGUCCGAAGGGCAGUUCACGCAAGUGUUGACCAAGGAGCUGCCUUACAUUCGAAAGGCAUGUGAACGACUUUAUCCAGCCACACAAGUUGCCAAGAUUUCGUUGAUCGUGUCGGUGAAACGUCAUCAGACGCGAUUCUAUCCUACCAACCCCAAUAACAUGACCAAGUCCCGCAAUAUUAAGAACGGCACGGUGGUCGAUAGAGGGGUCACUCAGGCCAAGAUCUGGGAUUUCUUCCUCACAGCACAUACUGCUUUGCAAGGAACCGCCAGGCCUGCCCAUUACACGGUUUUGCUGGAUGAGAUUUUCCGAAGCGGUCCCAACAAGCCUGAGGAGGCGUCCAAUACUUUGGAGAAGCUGACGCACGAGAUGUGCUAUCUCUUCGGACGAGCCACCAAGGCUGUCAGUAUCUGCCCUCCCGCCUACUACGCUGACAUCCUGUGCACUCGCCAACGCGUGUACAUGUCCGAUCUCUUUGAGGCCGCGGACGACGCCGCGUCUGUAUCGACCAACGCGCGACAGAAUAUCACAAGUACUGGGGUUCACCACCGGCUGAAGGACACCAUGUAUUACAUCUAA